CUCCCCUGACGUGUAGAGCACGCGAGUCUCGUUUGUCCCUCUUCGCCUACCGUAUGUACGCACAAUUAUGGCGGAUUGAGAGUUGUGCUGUGUGUGUUUUGAUGGUGUGAAGAAUUUUUUUUUAACAUUUCUACAACACCCUUUCCUCGGAAUUCGCAGUUGUCCGAACUAAUAACCCCACUGCGACUCAGCAUGCCGUCUGCCUGUGACUCUCUGAUUGAAGACAUUGAGGACAUGGUGUCCUCUACCGACCCAACUCCUCAUGAAAGACAGUCUGCUCGAAAGAGUAUUAUACCAAAGUCCAGGAAGAAAAAAGAGCUGAGCAAUGAGGAGCUCCAAGCUGAUAGUUUGAUCCCUGGCACCCAAAAAAUCUGGAUGAAAACGUGGGGCUGCAGUCAUAACAACUCAGAUGGAGAGUAUAUGGCGGGACAGCUAGCUGCCAGCGGAUACAAGAUGACUGAUGACCCAACAGAAGCAGACCUGUGGGUGCUCAACAGCUGCACUGUGAAAAACCCUGCAGAGGAUCACUUCAGAAACUCAAUCAAAAAAGCCCAGGACCAGCAGAAAAAAGUGGUAGUAGCAGGUUGUGUUCCCCAGGCUCAGCCACGGAUGGAUUAUCUCAAAGGACUCAGCAUCAUUGGGGUCCAACAAAUUGACCGUGUGGUGGAAGUGGUGGACGAGGCCGUUAAAGGCCACUCAGUUCGUCUGUUGGGUCAGAAGAAAGAUGGAGGCCGAAGGCUUGGAGGAGCUAGACUGGACCUGCCCAAGAUCAGGAAGAACCCUCUCAUUGAAAUCAUCUCUAUUAACACUGGGUGUCUGAAUGCAUGUACCUACUGUAAGACGAAGCAUGCCAGAGGAGACCUGGCCAGCUACCCCAUUGAAGAGCUAGUGGAGAGAGCCAGACAGUCUUUCCAAGAGGGUGUAUGUGAGAUCUGGUUGACCAGUGAGGACACAGGAGCUUAUGGUCGAGACAUAGGGACAGACCUGCCCACUCUGCUGUGGAGAUUGGUGGAGGUGAUUCCUGAAGGGGCCAUGCUGAGGCUGGGCAUGACCAACCCACCAUAUAUCCUGGAACACCUAGAGGAGAUGGCCAAGAUAUUGAAUCAUCCACGUGUCUAUGCCUUCCUUCAUGUUCCGGUGCAGUCAGCUUCAGACAGUGUUCUGAUGGACAUGAAGAGAGAGUAUUGCAUUGAUGACUUCAAAAGAGUGGUGGACUUCCUCAAAGAGAGGGUCCCAGGGGUAACCAUUGCCACAGAUAUAAUCUGUGGUUUUCCUGGGGAGACAGAGGAAGACUUCCAAGAGACAAUAGACCUGGUGAAACUCUACCAAUUCCCAAGUCUCUUCAUCAACCAGUUUUACCCCAGACCUGGUACACCUGCUGCAAAGAUGGAGCAAGUACCAGCAUAUAUGAAGAAGCAGAGGACAAAAGAGCUGUCACAACUCUUCCACUCUUAUAACCCCUAUGACCAUAAGGUAGGUGAGCGGCAAAAUGUGUUGGUGACAGAAGAGUCAUUUGAUGCCCAGUACUAUGUGGCUCACAACAAGUUCUAUGAACAGGUGCUGGUACCUCAGAGGGCUGAGUUCAAAGGGAAAAUGAUUGAGGUGGACAUCUAUGAGGCUGGCAAACACUUUCUGAAAGGCCGACCAGUAGAGGACAGUCAGCCGUUCACUCCCUCUAUUGCUGCGCCACUUCAGAGAGGAGAAGUGUCUGGACUUAUGCAGGAGCAGAAGGCCAAUGGCAUUCAUGGUCCUACUUCCACGCCUUCUUCAUCUCUUUUGUUCAUCGGCUCUUACAGUCUGGACAGGGAAGGACUGAAGAAGCUGGGAAUCGGCCUUGCUCUGGCAGCAGCCAUCUUGGCCUUCAUCAUAGAGAAAUUGUACUGAUGGAGCAGCUGCAAGAUUUAAGAAAAGAGGAGAGCAUGGGGACAUAAUAGGAGUCCAGACAAUGUAUUGGAAGCUGCUGAAUACAGCGAUAAACUGUCUCCUUGGAUAUAUACUCCACAUGCUCUCAUUAAAUGUUAAAAGAACCCAAAGUCAGUGACACCUACACAGUCGAGGAUUAUUUGAAUGAUAUGUGAGACUUCUGUUGUUUUUUUUAGUACAGAUACUGCUUUAAUUUUUAAGUCAAGGGCAAAGUUUAACACCUACUAUUCAUUUUACUCUGUCAUGUCAUAACUUAUGUCAGUCUAUGAAGUAGGAUCAAUCACAUGAGCAAUGACAGCUCAGCAGUCUUUACAUGCCUUACAGAACUCUUUUUAUACAAUCUACUUGAAUACAAAUUACACCCCUGUUACACUUUUAAUUAGAAUCUAUUUCUAUUUAAGUGCAUAUUCAGUGUGAGAGAACAUUUUGUCAAGUGGAGGCUGUUUCAGGAAACAAUUCUAUGCUCUGUGUUUUGUCCACUGAUAGCCACAGCAAGACAUUUUUAAUGAAUUAGUAAAUACAUGUUUUGAGUCAAGUCAAGUUGCUGUUUCAAAGAUAAAUUACGCACAACCCAACUACCGGUAGUUGAGCUCAUUCUGUUCUUUUGUACCAGCACAAAGUCUGAGGAUGAUGAAACUCACUUUUUAACUUCUAGCAGAGUGAUUCUCAGGUGUAAAUGAGUUACCCAACAUAAGUCUUGAGCUGGUAGAUUUCCAGAUGUUGUGUGUUGCCUACCCUCCUUUCGAAGGAUUUAAUUGCACUUACUUUACAGUAUGUGUUAAUUUUUUUUUUUUUGCGAAGAGGAGCAAUGAUGUGUAUAAAGGUUACAGAUUACCUUUGACUGACGAUAAUUUUUAACCUUGAUUUUGAAGUAUUUAUUUUUGAAAAGAGAUGACAAUAUAUUUUAAGAUGUUUGCAACAAACAUCUUUGAAGUUGUUGUUACGUGUUCUUCUUUCCUCAGAGCCGGUGUUCCGAUAGGUUUUUUGUUUCAUUUUAUGUUUUUUGUCUCAUAUGUCAAAGUCAGGUGGUAUUUAUCUGUGACGUAUGUCUUACCUGGUUAGUUAUAACUGCGAACUGGUCAAGACAUUGUUUUGUCCCACAGAACCCCAACACACCCGAUGUGAUUUAUUUUAUUUAAACGUUAUGACCUGCUCUGGUGCCAAGGGUUGUUUCAUAUUUCUCUACUUAACUGUAGUGGUGUCUGACUGAUAUCAACCUCAGAGAAGUCACUCCAAUACCAAGAGGUGAAUCGACCUCCAUGUUCAUACAGACCAUGACAUCAGUUGAAAUGUUCAGCUGAAAACUGUUCAUAGGGAAAUCUCGAUUAUUCAAAGUACCACCAUCCAAAUGUAUCUUGUUUUGGGAUGACAGCAGAAAUCUGAGUUUGACAUGUCAAAUCAUGAGCAAGUACAACCAAACCAUUACUUACUUUACAUUACUAGAGGUCAGUUAAUUUUCUGUAAUGAGGUGAAGUGGCCCUGCAGUACAACUGCUGAUGUGAAUCAUUUUUGAGACAGACUACAUGUUGUUGUUUUUUUCUCUUCUUUAUACACAUUGUCCCAACAUCUAAAACAGUUUAAUAAAGGAAAAAAAAAUAACAUUCUCU